AUGAGCGACCAACAAGCAAAUAAAGAAAUUCUUCCACUACCAGGAAGCACAGUUUGGUGCCAAACGCAGACCGAAGUUGUUCAACUGAAGUUUGAGUGGACCUUUCAACAGUUUGCGUUCCUGAAAUCUUUUGAAAACUGGGGAGAUUAUUAUUCAGCUGAAUUUUUUCACGAAAAAACCCCUGAAUCGAAGUGGACUCUGCACUUGAUUGAUCAGAGUUCCAAUAUGAAGGUCAACCUGGAAAGGCCUUAUCCGAAUCACCAAUUGGAUGGUUCCGUCCGAGUGACGAUUGCGAUGUCGAAUAAAAAACGCGAAAAGAUUUUACCGCAAAAACACAGUUUACCUCGCUAUACUCAAUUGCCUUUUUGUGUUUAUCAGAUCGAGAAAAAAGUAUUGGUGGAAUCCGAGUGCUUCGUCAAUGGGAAACUCACCAUCGACUGUGAGAUUGAAAGUUUCAUUCCCAAGAGACCGGUCAUUCUAUCAGGCAAGCCGUCUACAGUGGCAGAUUUCCAUGAGAAACGAUUCAACAAUACCGCUCAACUCAUUGCUCAACUGGAAGGACUCUAUGAAACUAUGAAGUUUUCCGACAUCACCAUUAACGUCCACGGACAAAUUUUACAUCAAUUUAAAGCUCACAAGAACAUUUUGGCCGCAAGAAGUCCAUUUUUCGCCGCGAUGUUUGAGCACCCAACUAAAGAAAAUUGA